AAUCCAGAAAUGCGCGACAAAGAGGGAGGAGGGUGUCCGAACGAACGCGCGGUGAGUAGUUGAAUGAAUAAUCGAAAGCGGUUUUGAUAACGUAACGUAACGUUUUGUGGUUAACUCCGUACCGUUCCAAUGGCGGAAACCUCUGCUGCUGCAAUAUGCUUCUCCACAUUCAGAUUCUCUUUCGCUCCGUCCCGUUCUCCUUCCAAGACCUUCUUCUUCAACAACUCGUUCCCUUUCUCUCCUUCUUCCGCACCGCGUCUUCUCCAUUUCGCUCCCAAAGCCUCCCCCUCCGGUAACAUCUCCGGCGACGAUUCCUUCGGUUUUUUCCCUUGGUCCGAUCCCGACAAUGAAAUUCAAUGGAUUCCUGAGGAGAGAAUUACAUUGUUCACUGCUGAUGGAUUGAUCCAGAUUGGAGGCUCCAUGAUUCCUCGCCGUGUCAGCUCUUCAGAUAAGAAGCUAGCGAAAUCCAAAACUGCUCAAAAGUUUCAACGAUUUCAAGAGAGUAAUUACAUGGAUCCCAAUCAAGGCCUUUGUCUGGGUGCACUCUUUGAUAUCGCAGCUACUAAUGGACUUGAUAUGGGCAGAAGACUUUGUAUUUUUGGAUUCUGCCGUUCCAUUGAGAUGCUUAGUGAUGUGGUGGAAGACACUGUUUUAGAGCAUGGUGGAGAGAUUAUUGCGGCGGAGAAGGCAAGCAAAGGUGAUUUACACGAAAAGCUAACGAUGACUGUUGCAGUGCCAUUAUUAUGGGGGGUUCCUCCAGCUUCUGAGACACUUCACCUAGCUGUUAAAAGUGGUGGAGGGAUUGUAGAGAAGGUCUAUUGGCAAUGGGACUUUCUGUAAAUACACAUUUUAGUCCCCCGCCCCCCUAACCAUUAUUUCUGCACUCUGUACAUAAAAUUGUAUCUCUGUAUAUGCACAUAAAAAAUUAAUGUCAUUGUAUCUCUAUACUUGUACAAUAAACUAAUGUCAUAACAGUAUAAAAUUGUACGUUCAUUUGGUCACAAUGAACAGCUAGUUCUUGCAUUCUCAA